AUGGUCUCACCCGCCGUCGUUGGCGGCGUUAGCGACGCGCAGUCCUUGGACGGACCAGUUGGCGUAGCGUACGACGAGGCGCGCAAGCUUGUCUACGUAUGUGUCAGUUACUCCAACUCGCUCGCGGUGGUGAACGUCUCCGACCCGACCAACCCAGCCGUCGUUGGCGGCGUCAGCAACACGACAUAUAUGCAACAGGGGAGGCUUGUGGCGUACGAUGAGGUGCGCGAGCUUGUCUAUGUGGGCGGCUAUGGCUCCAACUCGCUCGCGGUGGUGUCCGUCUCCGACCCGACGAACCCAGCCGUCGUUGGCGGCGUUAGCGACGCGCAGGCCUUGGACGGAGCAUACGGCGUAGCGUACGAUCAGGCGCGCAAGCUUGUCUACGUGAGCUGCUAUCUCUCCGAUUCGCUCGCGGUGGUGAACGUCUCCGACCCGACCAACCCAGCCGUCGUUGGCGGCGUCGUCGACAUGCAGUUUAUGGACUCUGCACACAGCGUUGCGUACGACGAGGUGCGCGAGCUUGUCUACGUGACCGGACUGUCCUCCAAUUCGCUCGCGGUGGUGUCCGUUGCAGACCCAGCCAACCCUUCCGUGCGAUGUGGCGUCAGCGACACGACGUACAUGGAUUUUGCACGUGGCGUCGCGUUCGAUACGGUGCGCAACCUUGCCUUUGUUGCGGGCAUGACCUCCAACUCGCUCGCGGUGGCGGACGCCAGCAGCUGCUCGUCCUACUUCUCCUGGAAGGACGAGGCGGCUGGCGUGGUCCGGCUGUGCUGGGGGCCCAAGGACGGCAGCAGCCAGUGCACCAGCUGCGGCGACACGGUUGGGCGGACCUUGAUUGACACCGGCUGCAGCAAGGCGGACGCCAGCAGCUGCUCGUCCUACUUCUCCUGGAAGGACGAGACGGCUGGCGUGGUCCGGCUGUGCUGGGGGCCAAAGGACGGCAGCAGCCAGUGCACCAGCUGCGGCGACACGGUUGGGCGGACCUUGAUUGACACCGGCUGCAGCAAGGCGGACGCCAGCAGCUGCUCGUCCUACUUCUCCUGGAAGGACGAGGCGGCUGGCGUGGUCCGGCUGUGCCGAGGCCCGGAGGACGGCAGCAGCCAGUGCACCAGCAAGGCGGACGCCAGCAGCUGCUCGUCCUACUUCUCCUGGAAGGACGAGGCGGCUGGCGUGGUCCGGCUGUGCUGGGGGCCAAAUGACGGCAGCAGCCAGUGCACCAGCAAGGCGGACGCCAGCAGCUGCUCGUCCUACUUCUCCUGGAAGGACGAGGCGGCUGGCGUGGUCCGGCUGUGCCGAGGCCCAGAGGACGGCAGCAGCCAGUGCACCAGCAAGGCGGACGCCAGCAGCUGCUCGUCCUACUUCUCCUGGAAGGACGAGGCGGCUGGCGUGGUCCGGCUGUGCUGGGGGCCAAAGGACGGCAGCAGCCAGUGCACCAGCAAGGCGGACGCCAGCAGCUGCUCGUCCUACUUCUCCUGGAAGGACGAGGCGGCUGGCGUGGUCCGGCUGUGCCGAGGCCCGGAGGACGGCAGCAGCCAGUGCACGAGCUGCGGCGACAUGGUUGGGCGGACCUUGAUGGACACCGGCUGCAGCAAGGCGGACGCCAGCAGCUGCUCGUCCUACUUCUCCUGGAAGGACGAGGCGGCUGGCGUGGUCCGGCUGUGCUGGGGGCCAAAGGACGGCAGCAGCAAGCGCAGAUAA